CCUUUUAUCCAUCAUUUUUUCUUUGUUAAUCAUUACCUCUUCUGAUCUUUAUACAUUCAUUGUCUGUAUAGAUCGAUAGACUCACUACUGACCACCAUCACAAUGCGCCAUUUCGAUGCGUGGAUCCUCCGCGAUCCUUACUCUAUCUUCCAUUACUACUCAACGGGCCACCGCUGGAAAGAAACAAUCCGGGACCUGAUUCAAGCCCGCCAGAUUUGCGCACCGCUCUCACUCAAUAAUGCCUCCUCUACACCGUCUUCUCCCGUCGACCCUUUCUCCAAAACCCAUCCAAUGGACCCCCAAACAGCAAGCGCCUUCAUCACGAAACUGCCCCUUGAAAUCCGGCUCAUGAUCUACGAGUACGCCUUUGGCGACCAGGUUGUCCAUCUUGUCCAGGUGAAGGAUAAGAUUCGGCAUGUACGCUGCAGGAAUACCACCUCCAGUUUGGAUAAGAAUCGCCGCUGUUGCCCCGUUACGCCGGCGAGAUGGCGCACGAACGGUCUUGCUGCUUCUGCUUCUUUUUCUUCUUCUGCAGCGUCUGCCUCAUCAGCAGAUAAUGCUAGCAGCAAUAUGCUCUAUCCACAUACCCACCCGUCGUUGCCAUCAAAUCUAAGCAACUCGUCCACGGCCCUCCUCCGUACUUGUCGGUCCAUCUACGCCGAAGCAUCAUCAAUUCUCUACAAGAACUCGACCUUCGACGUGGACGACCUGACGACAUUCAUCGCUUUCAGUCUGUCCAUCUCGUCCGAGCAUCUCGCGACGAUCAAGAAGUUGACGAUCCAAUGGACGCCAGUCUGGCAGCCCAUGGCAGGCGAGGAACAUAAGAGCUCGAUCUACUCGCACACACAUAAUGACCGACUCUGGACUUUGUUCUGGAAUCGAGUUGCAGCUUUAGCCGGAUUAGAGGAGUUGGCUCUUAGUGUUGAUCUCGGGUCGUUUGCGGCUGCCAAUGCUGGUGCGAACACUGGCCCAGGCAAUGGAAUUGGAAAUGGCGGAGGAGGGCUGAUUGGAGGGAGCAGGCUUCGUCUCUCCAUCGCCGAGCCCUGGGUGGCGCCCUUGCUGUGCGUCAGGGGCCUGGCGUCCUUCGAGCUAGGAAUCACAGCGAAAUGCGAUGCCGCUGCGAAGCACUUUCUCGAGGGCAGUUUGGUUCGCGAUGCCGUGACACUAAGGGAGCAUUUGCGCGCGGUUAUGUGUUCGCCACGGGAGGCAGAGUUGCCUCUUUUACCUGGGGUAGAGGUGCAGGACCUGUCAAUGCAAAUGGAGUUACUAAGACGGUGUGCUGCUGAGAUGGAGAUGGAAAGAGAGGAGCAACGAGGGAUUAGGCCGAGGUUGGCUAUUACUGCUGCUUGAUAACGAUGAUGACCGGUAUUCAUGCAUUGAAUUUGUGAACUCUUAGUUUCUUUAUUAUUGAUACCCUGUGAUUUUCGUUGAGCACUUUACUCAGUGAGGUUUUAUCAAUAGCUUGGAGUUUGGGCUUACUCUAGACUACGUUCAUUCAUCUAGACUGACAGGGGCGCUCGGUUUAGAACAGAGAGCAAAGCACAUAGUUUGUAAUAUAUUCGAGGCAAGCACUAAUGAUUCGUUCCUUUCCCGC